GCAGGGCGGGCGGUGCCGGAGGGCGGACGCCGGGGCUACCGGAGGUGGCGGGGCCCCCCCGCCGCCAGUGCCCGCGGUCCCCGCUGCCCCCCUGCAGCCGCCGCGGUGGGGAUGUGGCACGUCGCGGUGCUGCUGGGGUGUAGCUCAUUCCUGAUGCCGCUGUUUGUCGCUGAGUUUUGAAGAGAUUUAUUGGCUGGCUCCUGCUAAACCACGCUUGAGUAAUCCGAGCUGCUGCGCGCCCUGGUGAAGCCCGGAGGGGGGGAACGUCACUCCCUCUGGCAGCGGAGCAACAUUAGUCUUCCAGCCCUCAAACCACCACUACAGCGUCGGAAACUGCCGGGUCACAGCCAUUUGCUUUGGAAAAUUGGCGAUGUUUGGUGCUAGAGAUCGAUUACCCUUGUAAUCCUCCCCCCCACACCUCCUCCUGCUUACCCCACCCCUACCCGCCCCAGACAAUAGCGUCCGAGCUCCUCAAGGAAAAAAAAAAAAUAGAAAAGAAAGCAAGGAGAGAAAGAAAGAAACCGGGGGAUGGAUCUGACUCCAAUAGGAAAAGCGUGUCUCUAGAAGUGGUGCUAAUGGGAAGAGAUUUCCGAUCUCCAGAGGACGAUGAUUUGUCACAAAGGGUAGCUGGCUCGGUGCUUUGGGCUGGAGCCGUGUAGGAGAUCCUUGGAGAAGUCAUUGUGCACAGAAAACCGAAGACCUGUACAAACAUGCCUGUUCGCAGAGGUCAUGUGGCACCACAAAAUACAUUUUUGGGUACAAUCAUUCGAAAAUUUGAAGGGCAAAAUAAAAAAUUCAUCAUUGCUAAUGCUAGAGUGCAGAAUUGUGCUAUCAUCUACUGCAAUGAUGGGUUCUGUGAGAUGACCGGGUUCUCCAGGCCAGAUGUCAUGCAGAAACCUUGCACCUGUGAUUUUCUUCAUGGACCAGAGACCAAAAGACAUCAUAUUGCCCAAAUUGCUCAAGCACUUCUGGGGUCAGAGGAGAGGAAAGUAGAAGUCACCUAUUAUCACAAAGAUGGAUCUACUUUCAUUUGCAACACCCACAUAAUUCCAGUGAAAAAUCAAGAAGGAGUAGCAAUGAUGUUUAUUAUUAACUUUGAGUAUGUAACAGAUGAAGAGAAUGUGGCAUCUCCCGAGAAGUCCAAGCCUAUAUUACCAUCUAAACUUGUAAAUCAUGGUAACAACCUUUCAAGUGGCUCUUCUUCAGGCAGACUUUUUGGGUUUCGAUUACCUGGAUUGAGACUUUUAACAUACAGAAAGCAGUCCUUGCCACAGGAAGACCCUGAUGCAGUGAUAAUUGAUUCCUCUAAGCACAGCGAUGACUCAGUGGCAAUGAAGCACUUUAAAUCACCUACAAAAGAAAGCUGUAGUCCUUCAGAAGUGGAUGAUACAAAAGCACUGAUUCAACCCAGUAAAUGUUCACCUUUGGUUAAUAUAUCAGGACCUCUUGACCAUUCAUCACCUAAACAACAAUGGGACAGACUUUACCCUGACAUGAUACAGACAAGCAAUCCACUAACGCAUUCCAGAUCAAAGGAAAGCAUUUGUAGUAUACGGAGAGCAUCUUCAGUCCACGACAUAGAAGGCUUUACCGUCCAUCCCAAGAACAUUUUUAGGGACCGUCACGCAAGUGAAGUUUCACGUUCCUGGAUGGCAGGGGGGCCUUUCAAUCAUAUCAAGUCCAGUCUGUUGGGAUCCACAUCAGAUUCAAAUCUCAACAAAUACAGUACAAUCAACAAAAUUCCUCAACUCACACUGAACUUUUCAGAUAUCAAAAGUGAAAAAAAAUCUUCAUCUCCUCCUUCUUCAGAGAAAGCAAUUAUUGCACCUAAGGUGAAAGAUCGAACGCACAACGUAACAGAGAAAGUUACCCAGGUUCUAUCCUUAGGGGCUGAUGUUCUACCAGAAUAUAAACUCCAGACACCUCGCAUCAACAAGUUUACUAUAUUGCACUAUAGUCCUUUCAAAGCUGUCUGGGACUGGCUCAUUUUGUUGCUGGUAAUAUACACGGCCAUAUUCACUCCUUACUCUGCUGCCUUCCUUCUGAAUGAUAGUGAGGAUCGGAAGAGGAGAGAGUGUGGAUAUUCCUGCAGCCCACUGAAUGUUGUAGAUUUAAUUGUGGAUAUUAUGUUUAUCAUUGACAUUCUAAUAAACUUCAGAACAACAUAUGUAAACCAGAAUGAAGAAGUGGUAAGUGACCCAGCAAAAAUAGCAAUUCACUACUUCAAAGGCUGGUUCCUAAUUGACAUGGUUGCUGCAAUACCUUUUGACCUGCUGAUUUUUGGCUCUGGCUCUGAAGAGACAACUACAUUAAUAGGUCUUCUGAAGACAGCUAGACUGCUGCGUUUGGUGAGGGUAGCACGGAAAUUGGACAGAUAUUCCGAAUAUGGUGCUGCAGUUCUGAUGCUCCUCAUGUGCAUAUUUGCACUAAUUGCACACUGGCUUGCUUGCAUUUGGUAUGCCAUUGGAAAUGUAGAAAGACCUUACUUGGCUCACAAGAUUGGCUGGUUGGAUUCUUUAGGAGAACAACUAGGAAAGCAUUAUAAUAAGAGUGAUGCAAGCUCUGGACCAUCCAUCAAGGACAAAUAUGUUACAGCACUUUAUUUUACCUUCAGCAGUCUGACAAGUGUAGGAUUUGGAAAUGUGUCUCCAAACACCAACUCAGAGAAAAUCUUUUCCAUCUGUGUCAUGUUGAUUGGCUCAUUAAUGUACGCUAGCAUUUUUGGAAAUGUAUCUGCAAUAAUCCAAAGACUCUACUCGGGAACUGCACGAUAUCACAUGCAGAUGCUGCGAGUGAAGGAGUUUAUACGCUUUCAUCAAAUCCCAAACCCUCUGCGGCAGCGACUUGAGGAAUACUUCCAGCACGCGUGGACAUACACCAAUGGCAUUGACAUGAACAUGGUCCUGAAGGGGUUUCCAGAAUGCUUACAAGCUGACAUUUGUCUGCACCUCAACCAAAAUUUACUUCAGAAUUGCAAAGCUUUCCGGGGGGCCAGUAAAGGCUGUCUUCGAGCUUUGGCUAUGAAAUUUAAGACAACACAUGCUCCUCCUGGAGACACUUUGGUGCACUGUGGAGAUGUUCUCACUGCUCUUUACUUUGUGUCAAGAGGCUCUAUUGAAAUCCUUAAGAGUGACAUUGUUGUAGCCAUCCUUGGGAAAAAUGAUAUUUUUGGAGAGAUGGUACAUCUUUAUGCAAAACCAGGAAAGUCAAAUGCAGAUGUGAGAGCUUUAACUUACUGUGACUUACAUAAGAUCCAGAGAGAAGAUCUGCUAGAAGUUUUGGAUAUGUACCCUGAAUUUUCUGAUCUCUUCCUCACCAAUCUAGAAUUGACCUUUAAUCUGAGAGAUGAAACUGCAAAGUCUGACCUCGUAAUAAGAUCACAAACUACUAAUGAUACAGAUGGAGAUAACUGCAAACUACGAAGACGGAAAUUGUCCUUCCAAAGUGAAAUAGAGAAAGAUUAUUUCAAGGAUAAUGAUCAGAGUGAUCCUGAACCCUCAGGAGACACCACCAGAUAUUAUCAAUCUAUUAAGAAACAUUUUGAGGAGAAAAAAAGUGGGUCAUCAUCUUUUGUGUCCUCCAUUGAAGAUGAGCAAAAGCCCCUGUUCUCUGGGAUAGCUGAUUACCCAUCUGUAACAGAGAAAACCACAGAGAUGGACUUUGAAGAAAUGGAUAAUGACACAGAAGAAAUUCUUAUUAACAAAAGAAGCAAUUCUUGCAAAGAUAUCACCGAUAAAAGAAACUGGGAGCAGGAGAACAUCCAGGAGUACCAGGACUCCCCAGUUCAACCUGCAUUACCCCAUGUUACAUGGGGGAUCUGUGAAACUGAAAGUGAUUUCAUAUAUGGGGAAGUGGAGAACCGAUUAGAUUUACUUCAAGAACAACUCAACAGGCUUGAAUCUCAAAUGACUGCUGAUAUCCAAACCAUCCUGCAGCUUCUACAAAGGCAGUCAGCACUCAUUCCACCUGCCUAUAGCAUGGUGACUGCAGGGGCAGAGUAUCAACAGCCAACAGCUCGGGCGAUACAAAAGCUUCAGCCUGCAGCAUCCAUUAAAACAGACAGAAGUUUCAGUCCUUCAUCUCAGUGCCCUGAACUUCUAGACGUUGAAAAAUCAAAACUUAAAUCCAAAGAAUCCCUCUCAAGUGGAGUGCAUUUGAACACAGCCUCAGAAGACAAUCUGGCUUCUUUUUUAGACCAAGAACAUGACCAAUGUGUAGAGCGGCCCUCACAGCGUUGUAAACCUUGUCUCCCGCCAAUUAGGCACCCUUCCUUGCCAGAAUCUUCACUAAGCACUGUAGGAAUCUUGAGUCUUCAUAGGCAUGUUUCUGAUCCUGGUCUUCCUGGGAAAUAGUACUUUUAUACUAUUACUUCACAUAAAAAUGUAAGUGCUUUUAAUGGCUGUUUUUCCUUUUUUUUUUUUUUUUUGUAUUUAAAUCCUCUAUACUUGACUCAGGGGCUACAAGGAAUAUACCAUUAUAUGCAAAAGUACUGUAUAUUUUCCUAAAUCUGAAGCUUGUAAGGUAAAGUUGAGCAGUUCUGAUGUAAAUAUAUAUAUAUACACACACUAAUUGUAUGUUCCAAAUAUAAAACUGCCAGCAUUCUCAAGGCACCUUAAAUUUUUAUUUUUUUUAAAUAACAUGCAUGUUCUGAAAUUACAGUUUACGUUGCAUGGAGAUUACCAUUUACUGCUGUCAUGGAAAUAGUAUUUUAUUGUGGAUAUGUCUUCUGAGCAAAUAGGAGACCAAUAACAAUAAUUCACAUAGAAAAACUCCUACCUGACCAAGCUAAAAUUCAAGCAAAAUCCUCUUUUAGCUCACUUUUGAAAACUAAUUUAUCUUUCUUUCAGUGAGCUUUCUAUAAUAAAUCACAACUAGCCUGAAUCUAAAGAAAGAAUAAGGUAACCAAGUAUUCUGGGCUUGAAACAAUUAAGACAGAGAAAACAGCUUCCUUCCAAACCAGUUGAAGUAGGGCAGUAUUUUAACAGACAGGAAAAUUCUGCUGCAUGCUGCAAAGUAUCACCAAAGGUCACAUCCACAAAACUGCAUUAAUUGAAUAUUUUGUUUCCACUUCAUUUUGGUUUUGGGGUUUUGUAUUGUUUUUCUUUUUUUUUUUUUAAUUGCAUCAUAGAAGUUAGCUGUGAUGAGCAGACAGGCACUCUUCAUCUGUCAUACAAACAUAAUCAAAUGCAAUAAACCUAAUUUCUAUAUAAUACAGAAGACUGUGUUCCUUUUGUUCAAUGCAAAUUAUUAACAAUCUGUUUAAUUUAAAAAUACUUCACACAUUUUUAUGUUAUAAUUAGUAAGGUGGCUGUUUGCAGUUACCUCUUUUUACUGACUGGCCCCUCCCAAUGAUCCUGGUUAGGGUAUAUCUGUAUGUGAACACACACAUACACCAGGCAACAUUCCUGUAUGGGUGCAUGUGUGUAUUUUAUAUAUGUACAUAGGUGUGUAUGUAUGUGUAUGUGUAUAUAUAUUUAUAUACACACAUACACACAAGUAUAUGUAUAUACCUACACGUACAUGUAGGAGUAUAGAUACAGAGCUAUAUAUAUAUAUAUAUAUAUGUAUAUAUGUAAAAUCACUUUCAGGAACAAUUGUAAACUUUCUUAUUACAAAAUGAGUAAGCUUAGCUUGUGUCCAAAGUUGACUACAUUAGAAUAAAAUGAUUUAAGGUCUGUAGGCUUUAAAUACAGUAUGUACUGUAUGUGCAUAAUGCUUUGUGAAUACUUAGAUUUAAUUUUAUUAAAAUAUUAUUCUGCUUCAAA